AUGGCUAGACCUCAUGCAAUGCUUCAAAUGCUGGAGGUCUUCCCUCCACUACGAAUGCAGCCGACUCCCAGCAAGGUUAAGUGCUACAUGACUUGGGGCUUUACACUUUAUCGGACCCAUUACGGCUCAGAAUCCGACAAACAGUGGGAAGAAUUGCUUGAUUGUCUGAAUCGGCAGAUGACGCUGGCGCUCGGCUACUUCCGUGACCAGGAAUGGGAGGAUGAGGUUUUAUGGCAAAAGGAAGGCCACUGCGAUCCGACCGAGUAUUGCAAGAGUCGCGAAGAAUACUUGAACUAUUUGAAGAAACUCGACGACUUGUUCUAUCUCGACACUCGCGAAGAUUCAUCACUUGACGGCCUGGGGGUCUCGGAUAUACGGGAGGUAUGCUGUCGCAAUCCGCCUGAGACGGAGGAGGGUAUGGCAGGGUUCCUGUCUCGCUACGUUCUUCUAGCGGACAAAGAUGUGUUUAAAGCUAUGGAGAAGGGAGAGUACAUAAUCAAGGUUGUCAACUACGAUUGGAGGGAGGGCUGUAACUAUUGGGGCUGGAUGCGUAUUCCGACAGGUCAUCUACUUGACUUUUGGCACGCUCUCAUGAGAAAUCAAGAUAAUCCCAACAGCAUUACACGGUUCAAUGGGCCUGAAGAAGAUCUGGAGGAAUAUGUCUGGUCUGGCAGCAUUGACCUCUUUGGUACAGGAGAUUGCUCUGAAGUUCGAUACGGUUUUCACUAUGAGGGUCAGAGAACGAGGUUUAAGUUGGAUAAAAGUGCAAAUAGCUGA